GACUUAUUGGCUGAUACAUCUGGUGACGAGCAAGCAUUUGUGGUAUUUUGUUAUGUGCCAACGUACAAGGAAAUGAUUGUGUGACUUCAUGAAGACCAAUGAGCAAGCUAUAUAUGUGAGCGGCUGGAGAACGAAACAUCUGUGUUUUUAGCGUAGAAUGGCUCAUCUAUGUGACUUUGAAGAGUAAUACUCGCUGUCAGUUGAUGUUUAAAAGAGGCUGGAAUAGCAAUUGUGCAAGCUAGCUUGGCAGUCCGCUAGCUAGGUGAACGCAAAGUCAAGGAAUUAGCUAGCUCUCUGGUGAGGUGACAGCUUUUUCCAUUUCAACACAACGUCAAUGCCAACAUGGCAGUGGGCAACAACGGUCAAGGGACAGAAGUCGGGGAGAAGACAGCUUCUCGUAGACAAAAUGAAGUGAACAGAAAUCUCAAGUACAUCAGUUUGGCCAUCCUUGUUGUCCAAAAUGCCUCUCUCAUCCUAAGCAUCCGCUAUGUCCGCACAUUGCCUGGUGAUCGUUUCUUCACCACCUCUGCCGUGGUCAUGGCAGAGGUGCUCAAAGUGCUCACCUGUCUUUUCAUCAUUAUGUUUCAGAAAAAAGGAAAUGUUAUGGAGUUCAUUGUUUUGCUGUAUGACUCCAUCGUCAUCCAAUACAAGGAUACACUUAAACUGGCUGUCCCAUCCCUCAUCUAUACCUUGCAGAACAACCUCCAGUAUGUGGCUAUCUCAAAUUUACCAGCAGCUACAUUCCAGGUGACCUACCAGCUGAAAAUCCUGACCACAGCCCUUUUCUCAGUGCUGAUGCUGCGCAAGAGCCUAUCAAGGAUUCAGUGGGUUUCUCUGCUCUUGCUGUUUACUGGUGUUGCUGUCGUACAAGUGGAGCAAGAAGGAAAACAGAAAGAGUCAACAGUCACUGGAACCAGCCAGAACUAUGCCAAAGGAUUGUUGGCAGUGAUAGUGUCCUGCCUGUCCUCUGGCUUUGCUGGGGUGUACUUUGAGAAAAUCCUUAAGGGCAGCUCAGCCUCUGUGUGGAUGAGGAACAUCCAGCUGGGAAUAUUUGGCAUUGUACUAGGCCUGUUGGGGAUGUGGUGGAAUGAUGGGCUUGCCAUUACAGAGAAAGGCUUCCUUUUUGGGUACACACCCAUCGUGUGGGGGGUCAUCUUUAACCAGGCUUUUGGGGGCUUAUUGGUUGCCGUGGUAGUAAAGUAUGCAGACAACAUCCUGAAGGGCUUUGCCACCUCCUUUUCCAUCAUUGUCUCAACAGUAGUAUCUGUCUACCUCUUUGGGUUCCAUGUGGACCUACUUUUCACUCUGGGGGCUGGCUUGGUCAUUGGAGCUGUCUAUAUGUACAGUUUGCCCAAAGCAGCUGCUCCCUCCCCCUCUACUCCUACCCACUCAUCUUCCAGCCACAAUUUGUCAGACAGCGCUGGAGACUCUGAGAUGGAUGCUUUUCUUCCAAAGACCCCUGGAAAGGAAAAAGGAUGCUAAAAAAUUGAUGUUCGUCUGGAAGAAUAUCAAUGUGUCUUGUGCCAAAGUGGUGUUCAAAAGAAAAUCAUGACAAGUGCCUUAUGUUAAAGAUGCUGUCUGGGACUUCUGCAAAUCACAAUUGUUUUUAAAUCUUAAAUUUUUGGCUGGAUGUGUAAUAUGCUGUGUGUAUGUGCUCAGUAUGAGUUGAAUCAAUCUCAUACUUUAGUUAACCAUUAAAUUCACAAUUUGAAGGCACGUGAUUUUGAUGAGGUGGCACAAAUUUGCACAUAAAUAUCAUACAAUCAACUCAAAAUGCAUUAGUACCCUUCAUAUAGCAAACAUAGCAAAAGUGAAUUCCAAAAACAAACUGCAAAAAUGUGUCAUAGUUUCGGCCUGAACAGGGACUGUACUGAUACCUUUCACCUGUUCCCGUUUCCAUGAGUUAUACAUUUUUGGGUUUUCGUUUAUUGAUAUUAGGGAUGUAACGGUUUCACGGUCACCUCGGUUGUAGAAACAGACGGUGCUCAUACCAUUGCCAUUUUGUCAUUCAAGGUAUUGCAUUAUAAUAAAUUCAUGUUUUUUUCUGAA